GAGUCAUUCUUGGGUUCACCCCUAUUCACCAAAACAAUUAACAAUCAUGCAAUUUUUACUUCUACGAGAUUUGUUUCGAAAAUGUAGUAUCACCAAGAAACAUGAAGAAGAAGAAGAAGUAUUACAUAUGCGCUGAAAGGUAAACAACAAUUUACAGGAGAGAAAGAACCAGGUUUAACUAUGUUUAAGAUUCUAGUUAAUAAAAGCAGAACAUCAAGCGACAGAGUGACAGACAGGGAUACAUUCUAGAUUGCUUGUCGUACUUUUUUAGGCGGUGUUUUUUUUUCUUUCUAAAAUAGGUACGUGCUCCGAUAUUAUUGGAAUAAAUGUGGCAUAUGCUUACAAUAACAAGAUAAUUGUAACAAAGUCUAGCAAAAAUUCAGUCGACAGGUGACGUGUGUGUAACCUAAAAUUAAAUAAAGUGAAAAUAUAGAAGAGAGAUAUACAAAAGACAUACCAAAAUUGUACAGAGAAAACGUGUUGAAGUUGGACUCUGAGCUGCUUCUUCCCCCCUUUAAUUUCCCACUACAAAACAAUCUUAAGAAAAAACAAGAGAAUCCGUAUAAAUAAUCGGACACUCUUCAACAGUUUAAUCUCCAACCUCCAACCAAAUUCAAAUUUUUGAACUUUCCCACUUUGGAGUCUUUUUUUGUUCACACCCACCACUCAUAAAUCUUUGGAUAUGGCGUCGAGUCAGUGGACAAGGUCGGAGGAUAAGAUGUUCGAGCAUGCUUUGGUGCUUUUCCCUGAAGGUUCUCCUAACCGGUGGGAGAUUAUAGCCGAUCAGCUACAGAAAUCUGCUGGUGAAGUUAGGGAGCAUUACGAGGCCUUGGUGCAUGAUGUUAUUGAGAUCGAUUCUGGCAGAGUCCAUGUCCCGCGUUAUAUGGAUGACUCGGCCGGUCAGAUCUCGUUUGAGUCUAUACACGGAGAGAACGAGCGGAAAAGAGGAACUCCUUGGUCGGAAAGCGAACACAAAUUGUUUCUGGUAGGAUUAAAGAGAUAUGGUAAAGGAGACUGGAGGAGCAUAUCGAGGAACGUGGUGGUAACGAGGACACCCACGCAAGUAGCUAGUCAUGCUCAGAAAUAUUUCCUUAGACAGAACUCGGUGAAGAAAGAGAGGAAAAGGUCGAGCAUCCACGACAUAACUACGGUCGAUACUAGCUUAGCCAUGCAUGGUUCCAACAUGAACUGGAAUGGGCAGCAGGGGAGUCCUGUUCAGCCUCAGCAGCAGCAACAGAUCAUGUCUGAGUUUGGUCAGCAAUUAACUCCGGGUGGCCAUUUAGAGGAUUUCAGUUUUCAGAUGUGAUGAAAGAAGGAAAUGAAAUUGCCGAUGUUUUAGUUUGUUAUUAGCGUUUUACACAUUUUGUUGUGAAUAGGAAAACAAUAACAUUAGGUAUUUGCUGAUGAAGAUGGUGAUGAAAGACUAAAAUAGCGAGGAAAUAUUUUUGCAACACACAAAUACGUUUGGUACCAUACCAUUUUAGGCAGUCGUUUAUAUCUUCGUCUAAAACUUGAUUUCUUCAGAACACAACACACAUCAGGAGUCUCAAACCAAGAGAGGACAAAAAAUUAAAGACUUUUUUAUUUUUUAACUAUUGGUUGCUUUAUGACCAGAUGGUAGUGUGCUAGUGACGAACUCAAGGCUUCUUUUACUCAGGUUUCUGCGUAAGAUAGUGAAAGCAAACAAUCAACGAACGGAUUCGUUUAGUUUGGUAUGUUGUGCUAAAUGUUCAUUUGUUCUGAAAGCAAAGCCAGACUCGGGUACCACAAAUGCAUCUAGAAGAUGAACACUACAAUACAUUUUCGUAAAACAUCAAUGCAAAGGAUCACUUCGGUAUGGUUUGAGACAGACUGCUCGGACUUAGUGAAUAUGACUACAAACCCGAUGGACUGGCCAACUUUUGCGAUAGAGAUCGAAGUAUUUCAGAGGUUACAGGAAGACUUCGAGGAUGUGAGACUGUCUCAUAUUCCUCGAAGUCGAAAUGGCCGGGCAGACGGAUUAGCAAAAAAUACAAAGACCAGAGGUUAUAUUUUCUCCCAUAUAGAUCAGACCCGGACAGAUGGAAAUGCUCCUCGGAGGAUUGGCUCGUCUGUUCUCCACUUGAUCUAACUUAGAUGGAUAGAUGACAAAAAAAAAAAAAAAACAAAGUCUAAGUUGAUGGUAUGAUGCAAGAUUACCUUCCCAGCACCUUCUAGCUCUGUUGCUCGAGUUUCUUCUUUCUUCAUCUCUAGGAUCUCCUUCUCCAUUUUCUACAACCAAAAAGAGUUUGGACCCUUAGAAGUUGGUUCUUGUGAAGUUGAAGAUCAGCUUCAUAAACUAGACAGCGUGCCAUUUUGGCACAUUGAAACAAUCUUUUUUUCACCCGUCAUAGAAAUUUUUUUUCUGAGGCUAAGUAAUGAACAUGGGAAACACCCAUGUAUAGACUCAAAAACCAAAAAAAAAAGCACUAGAAGCUAGAGAUUACAUAAGAUAGUAUGAUCCAUUUUCUUCAAUAAAGUCUAUGCUGGAUCACACAGACAUCAUUUAUUUCCAAUCUUUUUCUAACACACGCCUU